AUGGUGGUGGGCCUGGGCUCCCUACUGUUGGUCUUCAUGCUGGCUCUAGGUCUGACCCCACCAACCCUGACUCAAGAUGCCUCCAGGUACAAACACUUCCUGACCCAACACUAUGAUGCCAAACCAAAGGGCCGGAAUGACAGAUAUUGUGGGAGCAUGAUGGAGAGACGAGGCCUGACCACACCCUGCAAAGAGUACAACACCUUCGUUCACGGCAACAAGGGUAGCAUCAAAGCCAUCUGUGAAAAUAAGAAUGGAAUCCCUUAUGGGCCAGAUUUAAGAAUAAGCAAGUCUUCUUUCCAGGUCACUACUUGCAGGCAGGUAGGAGGAUCCCCCUUGCCGCCAUGCCGGUACAGAGCCACAUCAGACUUCAGAAAGAUUGUUGUUGCCUGCGAAAAUGGCUUACCUGUUCACUUUGAUGAGUCCUUUUCCGAUCAAUAA